GGGAAGUCCACAACAACAGGAUCCCUCCGGGGUUACAGACACGAGUCUCGUUAAACACACUAACCAACCAACCACGAGAGUCGACGGGUGAUAUCAUGCUGCAAGACCAGUUCGGCUAUACGCUGGACACGUCGAACGAAGCAGCAGCAAGUGCCUAUCGCAAUUACAUCGACUGCGUCCUCACCUACGGCACAGAGUGGCAUGCGGGCGAGGAGGCUCACUCGAAAGAUCCCGGCAGCUGGUUCGCCCGCAUCGCAGAGGCCGACGGCACCAUCUGCUCGUAUGACAUACCUGCGGCGGCAUCUCUCAUUGCAGCCAUGACCAGGGACAGCCAGGGAGUGUCGGACAUUGAUCCGCGGGCGCAGCUGUAUAUGAAGGCGAUGGAUGCGUGGAUCUGCCAGGGCGACCCCGACAAGGCCGCACAGACGUACCAGGUGAGAUGAGACCGUUCAAAGAUGAUCUGUCUGUUUUGUACGUGUUUCCAUUUUGUGUGUCAGGAAGUGCUCCGACACUACCCAAAGGACCUGUUCGCUCUCAAGCGGUCUCAGCUGCUCUAUUUCGCCGCAGGCAGUGUGCCCGAGAUGCUCUCCGUCUGCCAGCUUGACCAGGUGGCGAGCAGCCAUGAGUCGAGCCCCUACUACCACGCCAUGCUCAGCUUCGGCCUCGAGCAGAACGGGCAAGCAGAUGCCGCACACGAGGCCGCAAAGAGGGGUGUGGUGCUGAAGCAGGAUGACGCAUGGGCGCACCACGGCCUGGCGCACGCCGACUACAACGCGGGCAGGCUGGCGGAGGGCGCGCGCACUUUGCUCUCGUAUGCGCAUUACUGGGACGAUCGGCCGCUGUGCUCGUUCCUGUACACCCACAACUGGUGGCACGUGGCGCUGUUCCAUCUCGACAUGAACCGGUAUGGGGACGCGUGGCGGCUGUACAAGGAGCGGGUGUGGGAGGGGCGCGGCAAGUGCGACCCCACCAACAUACAGGACCAGAUGGGAGCGCUGGGACUGCUCGUCAAACUCUACAUUCGGCUGGUGAGGGAGGGGGAGGGGUGCAACAUUACCGUGGUUGGAAUUUGUGCGUUGUGCUGUCAGGUGUUCAUCGAGCAUUACAGACAGGAAUGGCUCGGUGGCGGUGCUCGGAGUGUGUCUGAGCCUUCGGUGGAGGACAUCAAAGCCGCCAUGAAGGUACCUACCGUACCUACACGACGCAACGCCCAUAUGUCUUGAGACUGCUAUCUAUCUGGAUCGGCCGACUUGUCUAUCCGGGCGGGCAUGCAGGUUGUGUUGGGUCGCGCGUCGGCGACCAAUCUCCAGUCGCACUACGAGCCGCUCUUCGACGUCCUUUCUGUGGCCGCAUUCACCAUCACUGGUCAGUGAGUCAGAACGGCAGAGCACACAGGCACUCAUUAUGAGAUCAGAUCCACGCACGAUGUCUGUGUGCCUCUCUCUGUUAACUAACGUAGGUAACGAUGAGACUGCAACCAAGAUGAUCUCUGAGGUUGAGUCGAUUGCCAAGGGCAUGCCAGCCAAGAGGAAGACAGCCGGUCGGCCAGAAAGACAGCAUAUAUAUGUUGAUCCAUGAGAGAGAGGAUGUGCUGUGUGUUUCUGUGUAGGUGAUGCAUGGCUGGGGGCAAUGAGGGGCAGCCGCGCGUGGGCGCAACAAGACUUCAUUGCAACGGUGAGUGCGCCCAGCAGCCAUUCGUCCAUCCAUCCAUCUGUGCAUGAUGCACGACUGGAAGGGGUGUGUGUGUGUGUGUGCAGGUGAGUGAGCUGGCUGCCGUCCUUGAUGACCUCAAGUACCUGUUCGCAUCAUACGAGCAAUGUGGUAGGCACGCCACACAGUCAGUCGCACAGACAGGCAGACCAAUAGAUAGCCCUUGCUUGAUGUGCAUCCAACGGUGGGUGUCUGCUGGCUGCAUGCUGUCUAUCCGUCGGUCGGUCGGGCAGAUGUUAUAAGGGAGAUGUUUCUGCACGCCGGUGUGCUGGCGCUGGCCGAGGGGGCAUCGCCGCCCUCACCCGACAUGGCGAAAGUGUCCUCACUCAUCGACAGCCGAAUGAACGAGCCGCGUGCAGCACACGUGCCGGUGGGUGCGGUAUAUGCGUCAAAUCCACCACCACACCCACCCACAACCUCCCACAACCCCCUCCCCAAUGAUUGAUUGUGUGUGUGUGUGUGUGUGUUGCAGUGCUACGCGAUACUGAAAGCGCUGUAUCUUCACGCAGCCAAGGGGUGAGAACGAACAAGAUAAUCCACCCCGACAGACAGAGACGCAGACGAGUCGCCUGCACACACAUCACAUACAUGUGUGUAUGUUUGUGUCUGUUCUGUCACGGAUUGAUGCUGUGCUGCAGAGAUGGAGACGGAGCCACGGCAAAGGCCGAGCUGGUCAGGCAGGCUGGUCAAGUGGAGACCAAAUACGCCAGCGAACAGAUCGACGUAUGAGAGAUACGGUGCACAUGCGUGCACAGAUGGACACUUCCAUGCUGCAGCCAGGCAGGCAGCCAUCGUGUCUGUCGCGUCCCAUCAGUGCCUCUUUUGCCUAGCUUCCUGCCUGCCUGCCUGCCUGCCUGCCCGUACCUAUGUUUUUAUAUAUCGGCCCUUUUGGUCAAGAGGGGUGGGUGUUUCUCUGUCGCCGUCCUUUGGCAGUGGGUCGGUCCUUCAGUGUCGUGUGUGCUGUUGUUUGGCAAUCGCACGAGAGAGAGGGAUGAGGUGAUUUUGAAUGCCCUUGAGUACGCGCACCACAUGCAGGCAUCGUUAGGCAACCGCCCAAAACGGAACACCGGUCCACGACGCUGCACAACAACAUGGUUGACCAUGGCAUGAGUGGUCAUUUCUCCAUCACAUUCGCCGCGUAGGUACAUGGCUGUCUGUCUGUCUGUCUGUCAUGACCCCGUCCACCCAUCUUAAUGCAUCUCCUCGAC